AUGGCGUGCCCAGUGCUUGCGGCCGUUGCACUGAAGAAAGUGGACUUGAGGAGCCAGGGAGAUGCUGCUGUCCGAGGUAGCGUCUCCCCGUUCUCGGCCGUCUGUUUGCUCCUGUGUUCACUGGCCUUCGUCGUCCUCGAUAUGGCAAGCGCGCUGAGAGCAUGGUUACCACAUCAGUUGAUGUUCCGUGUCUCCAAGUUCCUAGUCCACCUUUGUGCGAUUUUCCAGAUGCUGCUCGCGUACAUGAUCUUGCUCCUCAUCGCCAUGAAGUUCGAAGCAUCCAUGGUCGUACUGGUCGUGUUCGGUCCAUUCAUCGUUUACUGCUGCUACCUGUCGGUGGUAAGGAGCGAGGAACAAAGCGAGAGGGCAGCCGAUGAAUGCGACAAGAACCUCGAGCCGUCGCUGGAAUUCUCCGCCGCUGUGACCUCUCUCCUCUUCCUCGGGCUGGAAGGCUUGGCGUUGGAGGGCCAGACGGCCGGCGUCGGCCGGGACCUCGACCCUCGCCUUGUUGUGCCGCUCUGUUUGACCUUCGUCUUCUGCGUGAUGGCCAGCGCUGUCAUGCUCUUGGCGGCGGUCCCUCCCAUUGACUACAACGAAGCGGAACAGUGCAGAAACAUGUGCAAGUUUCUGCACUUCCUCGUGCGGCGCGCUAACUCUCUUCUUCACCGCGGUGGUGCUCACGAUCGUCUUCGUACUCCACAGGGAGAAUGGAGUCGCAGUGGCCGUUGUGCCAAGUCUUGGUCUAUUUCUGUUCUACUCCGCAUGUCUAUGCGUCCCGGGGGGCAAGGAGCCGGUGGUCGGCAACCAAGUUACACCGCCGGCAUCGCUGGAGAUGACCAAGGUGACCUUUACGGCUUUCCUAGCCAUCUCUUUGCCAAGCUUCGGUGGCUCGCUCAGCGGGUACACCCAUGCCUUCAUUGUCUGCACUGCCAUGUCUGUGCUCUUUGGCCUCUCGUGGAGGUUCUUAACCCACUUCAAGCAAAGAGCGGCAGUCUGGACUGCCAAGGUUGCUUGUGUGCUCACCUACGGGUGCUUGGGGGCGGCUGCAUUCCCGUUCGUGAUUAUGGCGACGCAAGCACUGGCUGA